AAAAGUCUAAGGAGAUAUAGAGAGCGCCCCCUAUCGCUUACUCCCCCCCCCCCCCUCUCGUUUGACCAUAUCUAUCAGCGGUUUAUAAAUUCAUACAACUUUUUUAGAAUUAUAAGGAAUGAGAAGUAUCCUCGUUUUAUUUGUAGUUUUUGGUUUUUUUGACUUGUGUAAACCUCAUUUAAUUUCUGUUUACUGGGGUCAAGAUUCAGCAGGUGGGAUUAGCCUUACCUUUGAAAAAGAGCUACUGGAAUACUGCAAGAACUUUCACUAUGACAUUAUUACCAUUGCGUUUGUUGACAUAUUCUUUGAUAGAAAUAACAAGGAUAACGUACUUGGUAUCAAUCUUUCAAAUCAUUGCAAUACUUCUUAUGAUGGUUACCCGGACCUUUUGGAAUGUCCUCAGAUUGCCGAGCAUAUCAAAGAAUGUCAAAAAAAUGGUAAAAAAAUUGUAGUUUCUCUUGGUGGGGCAUCUGGUUUAUAUGGGUUUAAUUCUGCUGAUGAAGCGCAAGAAUUCGCAAACACUGUUUGGAAUUUGUUUCUCGGUGGCAGUUCUACUGUAAGGCCGUUCAAAUCUGCUGUUUUGGAUGGUGUAGAUUUAGAUAUUGAAGCUAGUUCUCCAUUAUACUACACAACCUUUGUUCAAGCUAUUCGUUUACUUAUGUCUAAAGAUAUAACUAAAAAGUAUUUAAUUACUGGAGCACCUCAGUGCCCAUUUCCUGAUUACUAUUUGGGACCAUCAAAAGAUACUGUUUUAUAUGAUAUUGGUGAGGAAUUUGAUUAUCUAUAUGUUCAGUUUUAUAAUAACUACUGUUGCCUGGGUAAUGAAAACGAGUUUAUUGCUGCUUUGAAGAAAUGGUUUAAUUUUUCAAAUGAGACAAAAACUGCACACGGUAAAGGACCAUCUAUAUUUGUUGGACUACCAUCUCACCCUAGAGCAAGUGGCGGCCCUGAAGAUUACCAGACGCCCGAAAAAGUGCAGGCAAUAUACGAAACUAUCAAGAGUAACAAAGAACUUGGAGGAUUUAUGUUGUGGGAUGCCAGUUUUGACUCCAACAACUUGAUUGAAAAUCAAUAUUAUAGUGCGUUAUUAUACAAAUUUAUUUUGAAUUAAAUUUGAUUUUAAAAUUAAGUAA